GUUUACUGCAGGCUUGCUUAAUUCUCUCUGAGUUUACAAUCUCUCUUUCUCUCUCGGAUUAUAUGAUUGCGCUUCUUAUCAGUUAUGAGUCGCCAUGUACUGCCGGAUAAACUUAGCAGACAGAGAGAUACCAACCUUACGCACGCUGGUGUGUGUGGUGACUAAUGGUCACACACAAGUGAAAUGGCUUUUCGCCACUCGCUCUAGUACAAUUUGGAAGCAUGCGCAUAAUGCAAGCAGUUCCAAAUAGAUGGAGACGGAGGAAGUACCUGCGACCUACGUUUUGAAUUGUGUUUGCAUCUAAUAUCAGCCAAAUAUUACGAUAUAUAUUCACGGUAUUUUGCAUUGCUGUGCAUUCCUGCAUGUUGUUAUUCAACGAUUAUUAGCUGUCCGUUAGCCUUUCUUCUUUUCUGUCGUAAUGGGCAUGGAGCAGUUGUAACUGUGCAAAGGGAUCUUUGUGGUCGCCUGCGCACGCUGGCAGCGCAUGAAUAGCCCAGCCAGCAGUAAAUUCCUUCCGGAACAUCAUCCCAUCCGCUUUCAUCCACAGAUUUAGUUCCACAUCCCAAUCGAUUGGCCUGUCUACGACGCUGCACUGGCGGUUCUUUGAUUGCAUCCAUUGACAGCCGCGAACGGCUAUAGUUGAGACAGACAAUGUCACAGACUCCAAUGCACUUCGGGAACAAUGCCGGAGCGCCGCAUGGCAAAGCGGAUCACGGGCGCGGACUGCCACAAAGUCCCGCGGGAAUGACACAAGGAGGCAACGCUUCGCGCCAGGACGAUGUACGACAGUGGCAGCAGAACAACUACUUCGUGGAUUCCGGCAUAGUCUCGGGAGUGACCACGCAUGCGCAUUCAGUAUAUAGCGUUAACAGUGGGGGAGCAUAUGAUGAAAUGGAUGCUGAUCAUCAGCCGCUUCCACCGGCCCCACCAGCUUAUGAAUCGCAUCAGCAGUUUUUUAAUCAAGAGCAUACUCCUCAUCAGUUGGAAGAUAUCACGGAACAGUACUACUCUACAACAACCCGUUCGCAGCGCAUCCGAGCUGCCAUGUUUCCAGAAACCUUGCCAGAGGGAACUGAAUAUCCAACUACACAGUUCACUACGGAACCGACAGCCGUGGAACAUUUGGCUGAGCCAGCACAGUUGUUGAAAAAGGGUGUUCAUGAACUGGUCCAGUACCAGACUAAUGCGGACACGACGGUCAGCAUUAUUCCUGAUUUGGUCAAGCUCCUACAAGAUGAGGACCCGGAAAUAGUGUCAAACACGGCCCGCUUCAUCCAUCAGUUGUCAAAGGAUGAUGCCAGCCGACAAGCUCUGAUGGCUGAUGCACAGGUUGUUACAGCGUUGAUCCAAACCAUGCAUGCUGGUGCGGGAAAGGAUAACGAAGAAAUAGCCAAUUCGGCUGCCAAAAUCUUGUACCAGCUGUCCGGAAUACGCGCAGGCCAUGAGGUCAUCUUCCGUUCCUUUGGAAUUCCGUUCCUCAUAAAGCUUCUAGGGUAUCGAUAUGGCCCCAUCGUUCGCUACGCCAUGACUACUUUGCAUAAUAUGAUCGUCAUGGAGCACUUCCCACAGGCCAAGACGGAAGUGUUUAAGCAUGGCGGAGUUAAAGCGAUGGUGCCACUGCUGGAUAUUGAGGAUGAUAAAUUUGUCAGUGUGGUGUGUGAUUGCUUGAAACAUCUAACUAUUGGCAAUCAAGAAGCCAAGGUAAUCAUUCUUGCUGAAAGAGGACCGAUCCGACUCUUGCGCAUCAUUGACAUCAAUUUAUACGAAAAACUGAUAAAUGCGGCGUUAUCAGUGUUGAAGGCAAUAUCCGUCGAUGAGCAUAACAAGAAAAUGAUUCUGCAGAAUAAUGGUGUGGCGAUUCUGGUGAACUUGGCUAACCGUUGCCGCGGAUGGCAGUCAAGCCGAGUGAUGCAGACCUCCAUCUUGUACUUGCUUCGUAAUCUGUCCGAUAUGCUGAUCAAUGACCGUGACUUUCACGAUGGAUAUGAGGCCCUCUUGCAGCUGCUGGUGCCAUUGCUGGAAUAUCAGUCGUCUUCUAAUCCUGACGCACUGGAUCCUUUGGUGCUGUGCUCCGUAGGAAUUUUGAGCAAUUUGACUUGUAACAGCGAGAUAAAUAAGGGUGUAGUAUGCCAGCUGGAUGGAAUCGCCCGUUUACUCAACGUUUGUCAGCGUUUUCCAAAGAAGGAAGAAGUAACCGAGCCCGCCAUGUGCACACUACGGCACAUCACGAAUCGCCAUGAUCAAAGCGCCUAUGCUAAAGUCCAUGUGCGAGAGAGAGGAGGGCUCCGCCUGAUCAACGCCAUGCUGAAACAGCCGAACAUUCAGUGGACGCUGAUUAAGGCCAUCGUUACUUUGCUGCAGAAUCUGGCGAGUGCUGAAUCUAAUCGCGAUCAAAUUCGGGACUUAGGGAUCAUGAAGCAGGUUGUGGACUACUUCCAGAGUGCUGUCCAUAUACUCCAAGAGUAUCAGGCCUCGGGACGCAAUUUGCCCUUGACGAACGUGGUCGUUCAGAACGUCCGAAUGCAUGAAAUGCUGGAAUGUACCAUCGGGACACUGAGUCAGAUGGCAAAGGAUCCUAAGAAUCGACUGUACAUUCGCAGCCAAGGAUUCAUUAUUCCUACGCUGGUUCAGUUGUUGGCGUUUCUGGCCGAGAAUGUUAUUCGGUUUUCAUCAGCUCUGUUGGCGGAGCUCAGUGCUGAUCGGGAAGGCGCAGAAGCCAUCAUCCAUCAACCUGGCGCUGUCCAAGCCCUGAUUGCAGUGGCGCAGCGCUAUCGGCACAAUCCGAACAACCCAUCUGCCGCAGAAGCAAUCGCUACUUAUGCGGCCAACACGCUGCACCGGAUUGGGGAGACUCAGACACCGGAAUUUCAAGCGCACCUUCAGAAAGCGCUGUACGAAGUCGUUGGUCAACCCAACAGUAUGGGAUACUACGGAUCGAAUGAGAGCGGAGCGGACUACGACUACAUGCUCACUGAUUCGUACCAUCACUACCACUCCAGUGGACCCCCCAGCGUCCAUGGUAGUGUCCAUGGUAGCGUCCACGGCACAAAUUUGUCCGUGUACGACCCGGAAAGCAUGUCGGGCAUGGAUAUGGCACCCUACACUCCCAGCGCCCAAGUGUGGGAUCAGUACGCAGCCGCCCAACCGCAGCCGCAGUACAGCCUGGCCACGCCGCAGCAUAGUAUGGAAUUCCAGGCACUGCCAACAGAUAAUGUCAGCUGGAAGGACUCUGAUGUGUAAACGGCGCGGCUUUCGAAGCAGAUGAACGUCGGCUGGAAGUGAUUCUGACGUGCAGCUGCUUGGCUUUGGUGUAACUAUUUUGUAAUAAGUAUUGUCAUUUUUUUAUGUUUUUUAUAAGUGAAUCUCAUACUUUCGUUUUGGCUGAUCAGGUUUGAUUGAUCAUGGUUGCGUACAGAUGGCUGCACUUCUUACAUUCUUAAUUUUUACUGCUCUUAUUCGUUUAUUGGGGCGUUGGGACCAAUUGCCGGCUGUAUUUUCUGCCUGUCCUCGCGGUAACCUGCCAUGGGUUUAUAGAGGUUGUCCUUAAUUUGUUGUUAUUUUAUUAAUUGUUGUAAUCAUACAAAUAUUUAAAUAAACUGCAUGUGUGAUUUAACCGAAAA